GAUGACACGAGGAUUAGGAGCGAUACCCUGGCCGCCGAAUUGAAGGGUCCUGAAGAGAACUCUCCCCACUACGGAGGUAGGAGAAGUAGAUAUUGGCGACAGGUGCCGGCGGCCAGCCAGUCCGUCUCUGCAGCCUAACCCAACAGUUGCUCUCCUGGUAUCUAUGCACAAGGUAACACACCAAAAUAUACUAUAGUGAUCCAAACUGUCUUCUAGAAAAUAGUGAUUCUCCAAAUGUUCGCUGUAUAAGUGAGCUAUCUCAACACAGCUAUCGGCUAGUGUACUCCAGUUCUUGUAGGUGGUUGCCGUCCUACAGGAUACGACUUGCCACUCUUGGUGGUUCCCUCCGCAUAAGGCGAACAGGGUGAAACUGAAUUACAUUGUGGUUGGAAAAACCAGAACAUCAGCAGAUGAGACUGGCAGAUACGUCUCCUCAAAGAAGUUACUUUUAAAGAUAUUCGCAUAACACUCAACUUAAAUUUUUAUUUGCAUAGCUUAAGAAGUUAUCAUUGAGCAAAAUGGAUACCAAUUCAAUGGCUGCGAGUCGGGAACAACUCACCAUCAAUAUUAAGGAGGAAAAGAUGGGUUACGACAACCCAGCAAUGGCUUAUGACAACAGCCCUGCUAUGUCAUCAAACCCAGCUGUAAAAUGCCGAAAAAUUUCGAAUGUAGGGACUGUUAGUCAAAUGAUUGAGAAAAAUACCAAUAAUGGAGUACCUCAUAGGAAGGAGUCACUGAAAGCUGUCUAUGUCUCACAACCAAAUCCUAUUAGGCAAACUAAGUCAGAAAAAGAAUAUGAACCAUAUGAUAAUAGAGAUGUUAAACAUCCUACAACGUAUUUUGAAACAUUUAUUCACAUGUUAAAAGCUUCUCUUGGAACUGGAAUUCUUGCUAUGCCUGAUGCCUUUCACAAUGCUGGGUAUCUUGUGGCAACGAUUGGCACUCUAGUCAUUGGUUUUCUCUGUACUUAUACUAUUCAUAUUUUGAUCUCUGCUGAAUACGAACUGUGUAAAAGGAAAAAACAGCCUAGCAUGACUUAUCCUGAAACAGCUGAAGCAGCCUUCUCUGAAGGACCUAAGCCAUUGAGAUAUGUAGCAAAAUAUGUCCCAACCAUAUGUAAUGUAUUUCUGUUACUUUAUCAAAUUGGGUCAUGCUGCAUUUAUGUUGUUUUCAUUUCUUCAAAUAUUAAGGAUGUGGUUGAUCAAUACCAGGCUCCAGAGAAUCGUAUUGAUAUCAGAUGGUACAGCCUUUUCCUCUUGACUCCCCUCAUUCUAAUUAACUGGGUUAGAAAUUUGAAGUACUUAGCGCCCCUUUCCAGCAUCGCCAAUGCAGUCACUAUCUUUUCAUUUGGCUUGAUAUUUUAUUAUAUGUUCGCAAGCGUACCAGACAUUGAGACAAGACAGGCAGUUGCACCAUUUAAGAGACUGCCAUUAUUUUUUGGCACUGUUCUUUUUGCUAUGGAAGCCAUUGGAGUGGUUAUGCCACUUGAAAAUGAAAUGAAAAAUCCACGAAAGUUUGGUAGUGCAUUUGGUGUGUUGAAUUGUGCCAUGCUGCCAAUCACCCUUCUCUAUACAUUUGUUGGAUUCUUUGGAUAUUUGAAGUAUGGAAAUGAAACCAAAGGAAGUAUAACUUUGAACUUACCAACAGAUCAAUACCUGGCACAAGCUGCAAGACUAAUGUUGGCUUUUGCGAUCUUUAUCACUCAUGCACUUGCCUGCUAUGUAGCUGUGGAUAUAAGUUGGAGGGAAUACAUUGAACCAAAAGUUGAAAGAGCUAAAGUUUUCUGGGAAUAUCUGGUCAGAACUGUCCUGGUUAUUAUAACAUUUACAUUUGCAGUUGCCAUACCUGACCUGGAGCUUUUCAUUUCCUUAAUAGGAGCUUUCUGCCUAUCCACAAUGGGACUCUCAUUUCCUGCUAUUAUACAGCUUUGUACUUACUGGAAUGAAUAUAAUGGACUACAGUUUAUAUUUUUCUUUCUAAAAAAUCUAACUAUCUGUCUUAUAGCUACGUUUGGUUUUAUUAUCGGAGUUACAACUAGUGUAGAGGGGAUUAUUGAGAAAUUUUUCCUUCAAAAGGAGUAAUAUUUAAAAAUAAUAUUCUGUAAAUUAAGGUAUAUUACCUUUAAUUUUAUGUAAAAACAUGUAAAGUAUUGUCAAUAAGAGUUGAUUUUAAAAUUUAUGUAUAUUACCAAUUUGAUGGCCGAAUAAAAUUUGGCAUGGUUGGAAAACCAUUUUAUAAGACUGACAUGAUUGUCAACAAAUGUUGAAUGGUAAUUGAUGUAUCAUAUCAUAUCAUAUCAGUUCAUUGAAGUUUUAUUCCAACCACUAUUUUUUUUUAUCUCCAACUCAUUGAACUAGGUGCUAAUUAUUAUUAACUUAGUUUUUAUUGUGAUAAUUAUUAUAAGUAUCCCAAAUUUGUUUAUAGAACUAUUAUUUUUUAGAUACCUUAGGAUUAUGGUCUCGUGAAACUUUUAUUUUUACAAUUUUUCCUAGAUUCUUUUAAUGUGAGACCAAAACUUUUGGUAACAUUUAGUAUUUAUUUACAUACGUGGGUGAUAUUAUAGUUGUAAAUUGCUUAUUUUUGUACUUAAAAGUAUGAUGGAUACUGAGAAUAGAAUUAAAUGUUAUUUAUAUGUUAUAAUAAAUGUAAUUUUUGUAUACUAUUAGUGUUGGUAUACUAUUAGUUGGUUAAAUAUUUUAGACAGUUGUACAUGUUCACCAUGUCAUUAAUGUGAUAACUUUCAGCUAUAAAUCAACUUCACAAUUAAAUAAAUGUUCUUAAAAAAAAUUAUGUGAAUUUUAAAUGGAGCUUAAGUUACCACAUGUAUGUGUAUAUAGAUAAUUAUUAAAAAUAUAUAAUAUAUAUAUAUAUUCUUGCCAUGUUAAAUUCUAGUUAUUUAUAAAAAUUUUAAUAUUUUUAAAACUUCAUUUUGAGGAACAUAAUAAAAUGUCUCAAGUUGUUGAAAAA